CAAAGCUGGUGUUCACAUCACACCUUGACGGUCAUCUUAAUUUCGCGGUUAAAAUACGCAUCCUCCCUCCCCCAGGACAGCUCCGUCGACCCACACUCGCGCCGCGACGUCCAAAUACGCACCUGGGAAGUGCGUAAGAGCGGGUGACAAGGGCGUACGGCGCGAGUUUUUCAACUCCGUUCUCGACCAUGCGAACGAGAUCCUAGUCAUUCGCUAUGAAUCGGCGGAGCUGUCAUGGCAGUUUUGGGCGUAUUUGGUGUGUUAUCGGGCGACGAGGGCGCGUAUGAGCAGCGUGCCCUCCCGAGGCGUGCGUGAGGAGCCUCCGAGGAGCUGGGGGCGGCAGGGGAGAGGCAAGGCGCCGAGAAAAAGAUCUGUAAGAGAAGUGGUUUGGGUGAAGUUUUGGGAGGUGAGUCAUUGCCCAAACCCGCCGCCCCGCACUGACAGCGACCCCGCUACACGGAACCCUCAGAUGUUUGGCGCAUAUAUUGAGAGGUGUGAGGAGAACCUGGCGGGGAAUAAUGGCUUACAGAAUUGAUCCUACAAAGAUGACCCCAGGUAGCCCCUGGAGAAGACUGUAGGUGAUCUCAGGUGAUCUUAGACUGUAUCAGGUGAUCUCAGGUGACCUUGGUGAGCCAAGGUGAUCUUAGGUGGCACUGGGUGAACCCAUAUGACCUCAGGUUGAGUCAGGUGACCCAAGGUACUGGUAGGGUGAUGCCAGGUAGUGUGAGGUGCCUCAGGUGACCUACAGUGCUCCACGGGUCACUGUCUCCAGGUGAUGAUGGCCACGCAGGUGCCUCCCCUUCUAACAGAUCGUAGCGUCCUGUGAGGCUCCAUAGGCCAAGGACGCCGACCUCCAACACAAUGGCACCACCAGGAGACAUCUACCCGGUGCUGUGGUGGUAGACGGUGAGUCAUGGUGGUGUCAGACAGCACUCAGUGUGAGGGUAGGGGCAGCUGACGGCGCCUGCCAGCUGGAGAAGGAGCAGCAGCAGUAGCAGCAGCAGCAGCAGCGGCGGACGGUAGAGGAACCAUGGAGUCCAUCAGGGUGGUCAAGCCCCACAAGCUCUCACUACUAGUUAGGAGCGAUAAGGCGCUGAUUAUAGACAGCCGGACGUUCUGCGAGUAUAACACUUCCCACAUUCUUAACUCCAUUAAUGUGUGGUCGUCCAAGAUCAGGAAGAAGAGGCUACAGCAAGAUUCUAUCUCGGUGCACGACUACCUGCAGCAGGCGUGUCAGGUGGCGGAGCUGCACCAGCAGCUGGACAUUAUCGUCUACGACCAGAACGCUGCCUCAGUCUCCGCCAUCCCUCAAGACUCCUUCCUCCACGUCCUCCUCAACAAGUUGGGCAGAGCCUUCCCCUGCGUCUACCUGCUGGCUGGAGGGUUUCUGGAAUUCCAGGCGAGGUUUCCAGAGCUGUGCGAGGACUCUAGCAAGAAGUGCACGCCCCUCACCACCCAGUCCCAGCCUUGUCUUCCAGUCUCCACCGCGGGACCCACCAGGAUCCUCCCCUUCCUCUAUCUGGGCUCCCAGCACGACGCCAGCAACAGGCAGCUUCUCUCUGAUUACAAUAUCUUGUAUGAGCUGAAUGUUAGCGUGUCAUGCCCCAAGCCAGACUUUGUACAGGAGUCUCACUUCAUGAGGAUCCCAGUCAACGACAACUUCAGCGAGAAACUCUUCCCUUACUUCAACGACGCCUUUAACUUCAUUGACAAGGUUCGUGAGUCUGGUGGCUCUGUGCUGGUGCACUGUCUGGCGGGCAUCUCUCGAUCUGCUACUGUUGCAAUCGCUUAUGUUAUGAAGCAUCUCUCUCUUCCUUUUGAUGAGGCUUACAUGUAUGUUAAAACAAGAAGACCUACGAUCUCUCCAAAUAUUAACUUUGUAGGUCAAUUAGCCGAGUUAGAUCGGCAACUGAGGCGAGAAGUAGGCCCGCGAGGUCCUGCCUCUGCCCCAAUUUUGUUUCGCACCCAAGAGUCUCAUCACUCCUCUUCUGUUGGUUCAUCAUCGUCAGUUUCCUCAUCAUCUGCCUUCACAUCCAGUUUCCUUGAAAGACAUGCCUGUGCUGGUUUACAAAGUAAUGUGCCUAAAUCUCUCAGCCUUAACCUACGGUCAACUCUAGAGGCCGUACCAGCAUCUCCAGCCUCUUCACCUCACACACCAGACAUGUCCCCUUCUACAGCUCUUGCUCGGCUCAGUUUUGCCUCUGCUUUGGAUGACCUUCGUGAUGAUGGCCUUCCUAUCACACGCACAUCCCCAGUAACACCAAUCUCAAAUCUACCUCCAUCGUCUCCGAAAACUAUCAUAAGAGAAACGACAAAUUCUCCAAUUUUCAGUUUUAGAAAAACUUCCGAGUCUUCUCCUUCCUCUCCUGCUUUCAGCUCCUUCUUCAAGAGUAAAGAGGUGUCUAGUCGGACUAGCAGUGACUACAAAAGUGAGGCUAAGAUUACGUCCUUAAAAGAAAGCUUUACAUCUAGUGAUAGCAUUAAGAGUACAAGUGGGUCAACCAGCAACUAUUACAGUAGUGCCACAUUUAAUGUUGGUGCAGCUGAAGCAGGGAGAGAACUGGUUGAAGGAAGAGGGAAUGGUAUUGUUACGAGUGGCAGAUUAAGAGUAGAGGAAAGAGGAAGUGGAUCUGUUGAGACAGGAAAAGUAAAAGCAGGAAACACUUCUGAGAUCGGAUUAGUAAGAUUAGAGGAAACGGGAAGAAAUGAGAAGACGGUCAGGCCAUCAUCUACAUCCACAGUGUCCUUCACACGGCGUGGCAGUGAUAGAGAGAGUCGGCAAGUAUCAGUGUGUGUAAUUGAUGUGAAGAGAGAAGCUUCACCUGUGAGCUAUGUUCGGAGUGAGCCUAUAAUAGUUAGGGAAACUCAGGUAAUUGCCACACCCUGUAAUGCAGUGCCAGAAGUUAGAUCAGUGCUGGAAGUUCAAUUGGAAGAUGGCAAGCAAAAAGAAGAACAUAUUACAAUUCCAGAUGAAUCAAGAAAGUUAUUAAGUAGCAAGAAAGAUUCCCGAGAUAGUUUAUGGAGUUCUCGUGAUGAAAAAUGCAAAGAAAAUGAAGAGUCUAUAAUAAAAAUUGAGAGGUGCCAACAGCAACCCAAUCAUGUUAUACAGCGCCCUAGAGAGGUGAUUGUGCCUAUUCAGCUAACAGGUCCACGAGAGGAACGUCCACGAGUUCUAGAGCUAAGUAUAUCUUCUAGCGAACAAAAACAGCAGCAGCAUCCAGUAACUGCUACAGCAGCAUGCACUGCGCCUGAACUUACCAGUGGAGUUUGGUUACCAGUGAGCCCACAGGAGGCAGCAGUGGCUGGGCCCCCAGCAGCCACCCCAAAUUCUCCAAAUUCUCCAGGCGUACAACAAAGUGAUUCAGGUAUCAUAAUAGAGGAAAGGACAGAACUGGCCCCAAGCCCUCAGCGCCUUCCUAGGUGUUAUUCCUCCAGCGAGACUCACCUAAACACUAGACGUCUGCUAGAGCAUCGUAACCCUGAUUUCACCACUAGAAAGUGUUCCAGCUAUGACGAGGUUGGGAGAGCGUGGCCUCAAAAUCUGGGUCCACAUCAACAGCAACAAGGGGUGGGCCGUGAAGGCACUACUUGGUUGUGUCCAUGGGAACUAGCACGCAGUGACAGUGUCUCAACCAGUGGGUUUGGUUCCGAGAUAUCAGAUACUGAUUUUCUUCAUGAUGAUGCCCAUUCAACUACAACCCAAGAUGAUGCUCUUGGACCCUAUGAUGCUGUGUUUGCAGAUGUGUUUCCUGGUGAGCAGCAGCAGCAAAGACAACCCCAACCAACCACUCCCAAAACUCCACGACCAGCAAGCCUCCCUGGGGUCACAGGGGCAUAUUUCUCGCAGUUUGAGGCGAACAAUGACCCUGGGCUGGAUAUGGGUGUCGACAUGGGUACCGGCGGUGUUGAACUUCGCCGGGGAGGAGGAAGAGGCCGUGUGGGCAUGGAGAAGAAGGACUCGGGCUACUAUUCUUUCAUCAGCGAACACCCUCCAGUGAGCCCUCGUACCAUGGGGGAAGGUAUUCGCCAUACUACCACUGUGCCUUGGCCUAAAGAACGCCCAAGAGACCUGCGGCUUCAAAUUACCAAUGUAACUGGGUCACCUACCCAUGAUUCCCCAAAGAUCACAUCCCCACUUCCUCAUAUAAUGUCUCACAACUCUAAUGUGGAGUGCAGAACAUCUCCAGAAAAACGCAUGACUCCGGAGAAGAGAAAAAUUCGUGGAAGCAGCACGGAAGAGAACGAGGAGAAGAGAAGAAGUUGCGAGGCAGAGACCCACCAGUGGACUCCACCCAGACAGCCAAUCAGCAUCGGCUCAGGUGUUCGGAUGGCUCAGGAACUUCUACGAGGUGUGGAACAGCUGCUGGACUCAGAGAUGGGAGAAUUGCGCAGGCGAACAGCUGCAAUGUCCUCCCGUAUACGGCUCCUGGGCAGGAGUGAUUCUGGCUCUGACAGUGUGAGCAACAUCAGCAGUCCAAGUAGCAGCAGUGGUAAUAGUAGUGCUAGUGGCAGGAGCAGCAGCAGUGGUAAAAGCCCAGAUGUUCACACCACACACAUAAUUGUUACUACACUUGAAGAUAAUGAGCCUUCAAAUAUUAAAUCUGCGAAAAAUAUAAAAAAUCCAUUGCAUGCAAACAAGUAUCCUGAACCAGCACAAGGAACUCUUGUAACAAGUCGAGCUCGUAGUGAGCCUCCAUUUCCAGGGGAAGAGGGCCUGUACCGUGCACGAUCCUGUCCUGGCCUUCCAAGACCAAAUGGAAGCUGUGAGGGCAAUGAAACAGUCUCAGCCUUAUUGCCAGACUUACAACUGGUGCGUCUUCGUGGGUCACGUCCACCAGCAUCACAAGAAAAAUUUUUGAACCGUUACUCUUGUGGAGCUUUGGAUGCCCACCAGCCAACCACUUCCUCAUCAUUCGAGUCUUGUCCAGACUUUGGAAACUUGAGGCAGUGUGUCCGUGAGGGAGACUCCGUUCAUUCCUCCUCUUCCUCACUCUCUUCAACUCACUCCUCUUUUACAAGACUUCUUCAGGUGUCAUGAGAUAUUUAAGUCUCUUCAUAUGACGUAAGAUAUUCAGGCCAAGGAAUUUAUGCUGUAUUUUAUUUUGUGUGAAAAUCCUGUGAAAAGCAUUUUUUACAAUUUAUUAUGCUCUUCAAUAACUGAAAUAUGUGAAUUAUUUAUAAAAAAAAAAAGGGUGGAAAACAAAUAGAGACUGUGCUACAAAAGUCAGAGAAAUGAAUGGCAGCUCAGCCCACCGCACCAGAAAGUGAUUCGAAGAGUUCAAGUCACACGAUGGUGACGAUACUUUUGUACAAAAUACACCACCCAAGUAACUUCAAUGUGAUGGAAUUUUUGUUCCUAAAUAUAUGACUUAUUAAGUGCUGCACUCAGUGUGUGAAGAUAUUAAACAAGAACUGAGUAAUCCAGUUUUGGUAGUUUUCAGGUUCUGAUGUCAGCACACAAAUGUACAUUUUUCUCUGUACAGUAGCAAGGGCCCCCACAUGCUAGUCGCUGCGGAACUGUGGAGUCGAGGAGUUUGCUUGUACACUAGUGUAACGUGUUAAUGAUUAAAUAGUUUCAGAUCUAUUUUCUCAGGAUAUUAAUUUAUAUUCAUUUGAGUUGAAAAUUUAUAAAAAUAUAUGUGAAAUUUUACUAAAAGUUAAUAACCUCACACCAUAAAUAAAUAUUUAAGUAUAUAGAGUACUUUUAGGAAUUAAGAGUUUCCUUUUGCCAUUUUCACUGGAUAAACACAACUAAAAAAAAAAAAAGACUUAUCAGUGAAAUUAAUCCAACUUUCAGGUUGUUAAUAAAGCUCUAUUUAAUACAGGUAACUUCUUUGACUCUGUUGUUGUGGUUUGCAAUUACCCUCAUUCAUCACCCAUCUUACUACCAGUUAAUUGGGGGGGCCCAUGUUAUAUUUGUAAAUACCUAGAAUAUAUUUGAUUCACUUUAAAUUAUUAAACAUGAUUGGAUUUACCUUAGUCACUCAGGCAGCAAGCAAUAUAAUGCUGGUGUUGUACAUAGAUAUGUAGGUUACUAAUUUUAACAGUAUGGUAAUCAUUAAGUUGAACUGUAUCUGGCUGGUAAGGCAAGAGGUCGACUUGUAAAGUCUGAUGAUUGACAAGGAAAAGAUGACUUGGCUUAUUGAUUAACAAACAUUUUGCUCAAUAGUAAUUUAGUGUGCAGGGUAAUACGGUGUGAAAUAUUUUGUUAAUUGAUUUUUGUUCAUUCUAGUAAAAAAAUUUACUUUUCAGAUAAUCACAUAAUGUGCCUAAAUAUUGUAUUAGUUGAAUUAUCCAUUGACAGUAGUAAGAGAAGUAAAAUGACUUAUUUGAAGGAAACGAAGUUAUGCCCCAGUCUAUAAAAUUAACAGUCCUGUCUGUGUUUGUGAUUUUGGGCAUAAGAAAAAAAAAGUUCACUGGCAAAUGACAAAGAUGUUUGCAUUUCAUUGUGCCAUAUUGUAAUUUUACCUUCAGAAUUUGCUCCCUAAGUUAAUUAGCAUGAGUAAACUUUUGAAUUAUGUUGUGUUCAUCUGUAUCACAAAGGGUUUUUAAUAGACUUCUCAUUGAAAAUGUUCAUAUUUUAAAUAUUCAUGUUCGUGUUAUGUCUUAAAACAGUUUAUAAAGUAUAACAUUUUUCUCGGUAGUAUUUAUAUGUUUGUCUUAGAAUUGCUUCAGUAACAAUGUUUGAGUCAAAGUUUAUAUUGAAUUCAAUUUGGCUAGUUUAGCUCUAAAUGCAGAAACAAUGAAAUAUACCUUAUAAUCAAAAAGUUUUGGUGCUGUACUCCGAGCCCAAAAACACAUCCAAGAGAAGCUUAAGGUCUAAUUUGGCUUAAAAUAUUCUAACUCAGAAUGAACAAGGAUAAUAAAGUUUUCAAGGACAUUUAAAGCAGAACAAUGAAUAUACCUCCAAUAAUUACAUUGGUUCACACUGCCCCCUCUAUAUUCAUCCUCUCUGCUGUAAUACUUUUUGGGAAAGCUUAUAUUGUCUUUGUUAAUUGUGUCAAAAGUCAAGAAAUGUUUGAUAUCAAAGCCAGAAACAAUCAUCAGGCAAACUUGAAGUUGCCUCUCGUGUAAAAACAAAACAAAAAGGCUGUCAUCAAUGCUAUACUGCAUUGAAGUAUUACUUUACAACAUUAGCGAGUACUUAAGUGACAUUAUGUGACAAUAAUAUAACUAUGGUGUUGCAAUGCAGGAGACGUGUACUUUGGCAUCAGUGAGCCAGGUAUUGUCAUUCAGGGUGCAUGUACCUCUACAAGAAAUAUAAUUCAUCAAGAGGUACAAACCUCUGUAGCAGGCAUAUACCCCAUGUAGAAGAUAUGCUCCUAUACACGAGACACAUACCUCGGCAUCACUGACCCAGGUAUUACAACAGCAGGUAAUAUACAGUCUAUCAAGAUACAUAUCAGUCACAUGAUACUUGUGUAUGGUAAAUCAUUAGUUUGCUUGCAUUGUGCCCUUUUGUUCCUAAUGUGAACACACUUGUCAAGAUACACCUCAAAUUUAUUCUCGGCAUCAACAACAACAAAAGUAACGAAGCUGUUUGCCGAGGCCAAUUGGUAUUUGUUACGUAGUUUUAGUAUACUGGUACUAGGCAAUGAUAAGCAAAUCUGUGACUGUUGCCAUACACUUUGCCAAAUAUUGACUGUAGUCAUUUUCUGAUGCAUAAUGUCUCAGCAUUUGUGCAUACAACAUGGAAUAUUGGUCACCAGGGUUACCAUAUUGUAAUAUUAAGUCUUAUUUUAUUAUUAUUUUAUUUUGAGUGAGGUGGGUCUUGAAAAAUGAAAGCAAAAUUUGAAGUGGUUAAGUGUUUGUAUAUAUUUGUUAAUUAUGCAGGAAUAACAAUUUGCUUCUGUUAAUAGAUACAAUAAUUUGGCUGUGAGCUUGGAAAUAGUGUUUCACAGAGUGAUAUUUCAAACUGUGGAAUCCAUAAGCUGUACUUUAUAUCAUUUCAUGAAAAAAAUUUAUUAUAUUUAAUUGAUUGAGCCUUAUGAUUGUGUAGAAUAUAAGUUUAUGGCGUUGAGAAAGCUGGCUCUGUCGUCUUAAGAUGCUGGCUACUGCAACACAACACAGCAUCCCAAUAUAAUUCUAGGGAUGAUCUUGAAAUAAAGUAAUUUAUAACUACAAAUUCAUAAUUAUAAAUUUGGGAUCAAUAUCUUCAAAUAUUUACUGGUAAAUUAUACUGUACAAGUAUCAACAGUGUUGGAAAAUUAGGUACAAAUGUCACUUGUUUGUACCGUACUUUAUUAUGUUAAAUAGGUGCAAAAAGUAUAUAUUUUGGAAAUUAAUGCAGAAUUAAGAUUGCUUUAUAUGUUGAUAAUUAGGAUCAUAUUCUACCUGUAUGCCAUUUAACAGUGUUUCUUCUCUUUACUUUGCAUUUUUGCACACUAUAGAGGCUAUGCUUUCAAAGAUCUAUUGACAGUUGGCAUUAAAGAUAACUUGUGAGGCUUUACUUUAGGUCUUAAGUACUGUAUGUAUGGUGUCGAGUAUUACCGCCAGCAGCGUCACCAUUUGUCCCCACCAUCGGGGACACCAUCUCUUAUGCUGCUCUUGUUAACUCAAAAUGUCUUGGUCUUCCAACACUUCUACUAUUACACAGAAAUUCAGUUCAUGGUUACUGUCGGUAAUAACAUUUUGAAAAGCUAAGUUAGGUCUUAGCCAACUGAUAUCAACGUAAACAGCAAAACAUUGAACUGAAUCUCAUACAGUGUAUGACUGGAAAAUAAUGAUUAAUUUUUUAACUGAUAUAAUCACUUGAAUGAAGGAAGGUUAUUUGCUUAGUUUUUUGAAAAUAAUUUUAUGUUGCACAGAAGAACUUUUAAUGAAAAGUACCGGUAACUUGACGUGUAAUGGAAAUUGUGAAUAGGGUAUUGAAGAUGAUGGCUGACAUGCCAUACAUAACAGUGGAUGAUAAAACCUGCACAUCAGAGUUGACUAUAAAAUUAAGCAGUAUUGGUUAAUAUGUUAGACUAUUAUUACAUUAAAUUACAUUACAUGUAAACAUUUUCUUGCAUCAAAAUUUCUGCAUUCAAGGAAUUAGUUACUGUAAUUAAUUUUUUUAUGAGGACAAGCACGUGCACAAAAUUAUGAUGUCAAUGGAGACUGCUAAACUAUUAAUUUGUAUUAUGUUAACAAAAUUGCAUACAGAGUUUUAAAUAAAGGCUACAGUUAUUGUGUACUCUGUUCAAUGUGGCUAUGCUAAUAUAAUACAGUACUGUACUGUAUUUUUCCCCCUGUGAUAUAGCAAAUUAUAUAAACUUAGUUUUAAAUUUAAUAGAUUAAGAUUUGUGGCAAUGAAAACAUGAUGACCAGAAGGGUAAAGUGUUCAAGCAUGAUGAACGUCCUCCACCCACAACCAUCACACUACCAAAAGUAAACUAAUCCAAACACUUAAUAUUUGUCGUAUAAAUAAUGCAUUUCUAAAAAUAGUUUGUUUGGGGUCUAUGCAUAAUAGACAAAAUAUUAAACAAAAUUAAAUUAUCCUAACAAAACAAAGCUAUUUUAGGAAGAAAUAUAACAUGACUGUAUCAUCCAUCCAUCAACACUGGAUAUCCUAUCUGGCAUCACUACUUUACCCGACGAGUAAAACUAAUAUUUUUUUUUGUUUCACACGGCAAAUUGGCUAUGACCAUUUUAAUUUUAAUUAAUGAAAAUAGAAAGUACUGUAAAUGGUGGAGAUUUAUGUUUGCUUAAGAAAUAUAUAGUAUAUUAUGGUAUGCUGUAGUAUUAAAUAUACGUGCUUGAAAAGUAUAAAUUAAUCAUUACAAGUUUAAGUCUUCUGUAAGUCUAGCAGUUUUCUUCAGAAGGUUGAAGUGUGGUACUCUGAUGUGCAGGUUUGUGUGUGUGAGGGGGAGAGGGGGGGGGGGGGGGAAGAGACUGUGCAGGUUAAGUCGACACUUCUGCGUUGGCUAUGUUAAUAGACCAUAAAAUUAUUACCUUGGGAAUGUUGAUAUCAAAAACAAAUUUGAAAUAUUGUAUAGUAAUAUUAAAUGAAGUUAUUUUCUAUUUAUACAAUAUUUGAAGUAUUAUAGUACUAUGUCAUUAACUCUUAAACUGCUAUCAUUCUCACGUGAUAAACUGAUGCUCCUCUUGUCAUUUGUGAACAAUUUAAUGUGCUAUUUAAUUGUCAAAGUCCCUAAAUAGUCUAUGUGGUUGUCAUUCAACACUAGAGACCUCAGGCAAUCAUUUGCCAUAUUGGGAAGAAAUCCUGAAAGUCUUCGUUGCCUUCCUAGACAUUAUUAAAAAAAUGUCACCCUGUCAGGUGCAUCACCAUCCACUUGCUGACGCUCGUGCUUGGAACCAUUGACACUAAUCAAAAUUUCAAGGCCUUAUGAACCACAAAAAUAUUUGUGAUAAGGAGAAAUCUACUACAAAUAUUUUACUUCAGAAUUUGACAUUUUCAUCAUUUCACCUCAAUAUGGCCAAUGUAAAAUUAUUACUUUCCCUCCCACUUCAUCAGAAAUUUGUUUUAAGAUAUAAAAAGAGAAUUUUUAGAUUUUUGUAUGCACACACUGGGAAAGGAACAAAAAACGGAUACACAAUUUGAGGGUUAAGUUUAAUAUAUGAAAAUCAGUACCAAUUUUAUUGCAGUAAUUAAGCAUAUUAAUGAUGGCUAUGUUUUGGUAUUAUUAAAAUUACUACAAUAGUACUUAGCUGUUCAUAUAAUUAUUAUUUUGCAUAACUGAAAUUACUUUGAUAUUGUCAAGAUCACUACUGUAUAUUAAUGUUCUCAAGGUGAUUACUUUUGUGUUCUUAAAAUGAACACACACAGGUGGAUAUAUGAAAAUGUUUGAAUAUUCCAGUCAAGUUCCAAGACAAAUAUUCUUAAGCAUACUGUAUGUACUCAAUUCUGAUAACUGCUAUUAGGCAAGAGAUUAAAUGAAUAGCAGAGCUGUAUUGAAUAUUGAGCAAGGCAAUUAUGAGGAGAAAGAACCAAGUCAGUAUAUCUACAUAGCACUUGGAAGGGAUAAAAAGAUCAAGAAUCAUGAUAUGAGGAAUAACAGUGCCCAACCACUUGGACCACUGAAGGCUCAAAUGCCGACCCGCGCUAAGAGAGGCCGUCACUGCAUUAACCAGUCCUAGUGGAUGGACAAUUAAUGUGCAAGACAAAGUGGGAGGCAUAAUUUAUACUUUGAAGCACCCAUGAAGUACUUCAAUGUUGGACCAACGUUAUUUGACGUUGAUUCAACGUCAUGUGCCUGCUGGGCAGGUGACACGGUAAAGCACAAUAAUUUUCAGCCUUUGCCAGGUUGGGAUUGCUCGUGUUCCUGUCUAAACAUACCGCCUUUGGCCCUGUGCAUCCGGGGGAACCCUGAACAAUAUCAGAGCAUCCUAAUCUGGCCAUGUUCACAAACUUCUCAACUCAUAAGCCUCCUCUGCCUAAUCUUAUCCAGUGACAAAGCUUUGAUAAUCCUCUUCCUUAAAUUUGUCAUCAUAUAUUUUUACUUAUUCCUAGCUGUUUUAGAAACUACUGUAUCACUUUAAUUAAUCUUAGUCACUGCCCCAAAUGCAUAAAUUAUCAAUGUUUUUCAGCCAAUAAUUUUAAUUAACAAAUGUCCUCUUUUAUUGAAUACUACAGUAGUACAGAGAGUCCUCACUAUACGUCACUACAUUAUACAUUGAUGGUAAAUUAAGGACUUGUCUUUCUCCAUUAAAACUAGCAAAACCAUAUAAAGGAAAAUGCCUGGGAACAUGAUAGUUAUUUAAAUAGAAAGUAUUAAUAUAGAUGUAAAAUUACUGAACAAUUUUUAAAGCCUUUUGCAGCUGGAAAAUUGAUGGUUUACUAUAUGUUGUUGCACUUAGUCCUAACUUUCAGGAAUGUAUCCCUGACGUAUAGCGAAGAUUUAAAGUACCUGCCAGUUAUGCAGAGUAUUUGACAACAAUAUAGGGCUCAUUUUGUCCUGCACUGUUACGGUUAACACAAUACACCAAGAAAUUUUUGACUGGUUAAAGAUACUGGUAAAUAAAAUGUUACAUGACAA